AUGAUCAGGUUCUGGUGGACGCUUCUCCUGCUCAUCCGCCUAAAGGUCAGCUAAUUAGCUUCAUAUUCUUGUUUUUUCGAAAUUUCAUGAGCAAAUUUUAAUAAUUUGUUUGAUAAAUACUUAAAAUUAUUAUUUUUAGGUAUAAAACAUCUAAAACUCAAUUUUUUAAAAAUUAUUGGGUAAUUAACUUUAAGUUAAUAUUCAGAAUCAUAGAAAAUACUAUAAACUUACCGCUUGAUGCUCCAAAAAAACCAUAAAUUUUACCUUUUUCUUGUUUUUCAUUGAAGUUUACCUUGGGCCUAUUUAUAGAAAAACUUGACUCAAGACAAAGUUUUGUCGAGUCAAGUCUUUCAUUGCUCAAAGUUUGUGAAUUUCUGUAAAAUUUUCCCAAAUUUCUUCAAAAUUUAGCCUGUACUAUCUUUAAAGUACUGUUUUUAUAUUUUUAAAUCAAUUUUUAAACAUUUUCCUUUUCUAUUCCUCAAUUUUAAUACCUAAAACCUUUUAUUACAGGCACUUGCCGAACUAGACAACGAACUGAUAGGAACGCCAGAGAUAAAAUGCAAUCCAGACACGAUCGAGAUGAAAUUCACGACGAAACGACGGUUUACAGGGAAGAUCUACGUGCAAGGACAUUACAACAACCCUGACUGUAGAGUCGAUUACAGUCAGACGAACACAGAUGGCAGUCCAUUGCACGGUAUUCGGCUACAUCAUGGUGCUUGUGAUAUGGAUAGGCAGAGGAUGGUAAUUUUUAGAACGCACAUGAGGUUUCAGAAUGUAAAAUAUGGGUUUAGUUGUCUUUUGAAAGAAGUUCUUUUAAUUUUAGGUAACAUUUGUUUCUUUCAGAUACAACCAGAGGGAAUGAAGUUUAGUUCUGUGCUAAUGGUCAGCUUUCACCCCGUAAGUCAACAGUUUAAGUUUUUAUAUUUUACUAUUGAAUAAUUUUAAUAGAUUUACAGCCUCAUAAUUUAAUAUAGUAGUAGAUUUUGUAUAAUUUAACUAUAAUUUAUGUAAUUUUAAAAUCUUUUAGCUGUUUGUAACAAAAGCCGACCGCGCCUUCCACAUAAAUUGUUUAUACAAAGAAGCAGUAAACUUGGUUUCGGCCGAUUUGGAAGUGAGGUAAGUUUGAAAUGGCCAUUUAGGUAACAAAAUGCGUUUCUAUGGCUCUACGUUGAGUGCCAUUUUGUGCAUAUAUCUAUUUCUAAUUGUAAUUUUAAGCGAUCCAACUACGGAGUUGGCUGAACAUGACACCCCAAUGCCACAGUGUAAGUACAGUCUGAGGAAGGACGAGUUGGAUGGAGAGCCAAUCAAGUACAGCAAGAUUGGCGAUCAGGUGGUGCAUAGGUGGGAGUGCGACUCAGGUAUGUUGGGAGGGGAUAAGGGGAUGGAAUGGUGUUUUAAAGGAUAAGAAUUGAGGUUUUUGCUACUUUUGAUGUAAAUACGCCGUAAUUUUGUAGAUAUGUAUGGUAUGUUGGUGCACAACUGCUAUGUAGAAGAUGGACAAGGAGAGAAACGAAUGGUCAUCGACGAGAGAGGGUAAGAAUAUACCACAUUUUGAUUUUAAAUUAUAUUUAUAUUGUAGUUGCGUAUUUUAUAGUUGUAUAUAAUCCUAUAAUCUGUAGCUGCCACGUUGACCUUGUCCUUGGCGAUCCCACAUAUACCGAGGCUCUCAACAUGGCUUACCGAGAGUCGAAUGUAUUUAAAUUUGCUGAUAAAGUUGGAGUCCGCUUCCUGUGCGAGAUAAAAUUGUGUUUGAAGGACAAUGGAGGCUGUGAUGGGAUUACUGUGAGUUUAGUUUUAUGAGGUUGAGUCCCAAAACUUGUGACUUAUAGGUCCAAAAGUCUUACCUAUUAUUCAUUAGUAUAUUAUAGAUAACUUAAUGGACUUUGUACUAUAAUUUUUACUGGGUUAUUUGAAUUUUUAGCCUCCAAACUGUGGUAGCGAACCGAAUCACAGUUUCCAAGAUGACCGAGUGCCAGAAGAAGAGUGGGUAGCUGAUGACAAUGCAACUGAUAUCACGUUACUUAAAGUAAGCCUUUUAUGAUUAACUACUGUUGCAAAACCUUAUUUUUUGUCUCAAAAUAUUUUAUUUUGGUAAAUAUUGUUAAAAAGUAACGCUAUGUACUGUAACAUGUUGUGUUUACUUGCGAGGUUAAUGUUCCGUAACAGAGUAAAUAUUACAUUUACAAUGCACAGUAAAGUAAAUAUUGGUUAUUUAGAAACCUUGAUUUAUUUACAAAUUGUCAUAUCUAUGUCAUUUCAGAAGCACCGUAAGCGACGAUCAGCCAAACGACCAUUAGAACCAACAGCACCAACUGUCAGUGCAGAUCUGAUCUCACAGUACGUCUACGUACUGGAUUCCAAUGAGGAUUCGGCCGAAUUAGCCAGACUCAGCCAGCCAUUGGUGUCAAGAGCCUCUGUUUGUGUCAGCUGGACCAUAUUCGGAGUGAUAAUGAUGACGUUAUUCUUGAUAUUCACUGUUUUUACCGCAAUAAUUCUAAAUAUCUACAUGAAACAGUAUAGGUGAGAGGGUUUACUGCGGUAUGUUAAGGUUGACGUCAUGAUGUUGAGGAUUUGAUAGCAUUAUUUGUAUAUUAUAGCAUGUUUUACUAUGUAUUUUCAACAGUUUGUGUUAUUUUAGGUAUCAAUUUAUUAUAAUUGUUUCAGAAUAAAACAAUUCCCACUAGAACCAUUCGACAAACUGUCAUAUAGUUGA